AUGAAUCGGGAAACAAUUAACGCGGAGAAGUAUUCGCUACUUCAAUUAAAGGCAUGGUGCGCGGCAGUUGGCCUCAACGCUAGUGGAGCAAAAGCGUCGCUGGCUGCACGACUUAGCGAGCUGUCGGCAGAAGCAAGGGGCUUGUGUCCAGGAGCCGUUGACGUGCCUGGAGGUGAUAGUGUGCCAGAAAAACGCGGCGCCAAAGCAACGGUGCCACCAAAUGUUGAUGGAGGCGAUGGUACAGCCAAAGAAAAAAAUAACGGCGAUGGACCAACCAACGGCAACGACGCGAAUAACGGCGGGGGAACAACCAGUGACAAAGGUGCGAAUAACGGCGAUGGUGAGCGUGGCAACGAUGGAGCGAAUAACGACGAUGAUGGCGAUUUUACGAAUGAUAGCAACGGGGCGAAUAACGAUGGUGUGAAUAAUAACAAUUGUGCGUAUAACAACGAUGGUGCGUAUGACAACGAUGGUGCGUACAACAACGAUGGUGCGUAUGGUAACGAUGGUGCGAAUAGAGGCAGCGGCGAAGAGCGGCGCGAAUUUUCACAAGAAAUUGUGAGCGUGACAAACGAGCUAGGGUGCGGCCCAGGUAACACGCGCGAAUUCGAUGGCACGAGAAUAAGUCUACUAGAAAAAGAGAUAGAGUUGCUUAAACUGAAAUUAGAGCUACAGCAGGGCGGAGCGAAAUUGAGGGUCGCAGCAGACAACGCUAAGCCUGGGUUGGAGACUAUGAAAGAGCUAAUGCCCGACUAUGAUGGAAGCGAGGAUUUUGAGAUGUGGCGGUCUCAGUUGCUUCAUUUUCAGCGAGUCUUGCAAGUCAGCGACGAAGCGUUAAGUUUAGUCGUACGACUCAAAAUGAAAGGCGAAGCCCUAAUGUGGUACAACUCUAACAAGAUGUUCAUGCGCACUGUUGGCGAAAUCCUCGCAGAUAUGGAGGUCGUAUUCGGAAAGAAGGAUAACAUACUGAAUGCACGUAGAAAGUUCGAAAGGCGAAUUUGGAAGUUUGGCGAGCAGUUCGGUAGCUACGCUAACGAGAAACGGCUGUUGAGCGCUGGGCUCAACCUAUGCGAGGAAGAAUUUGUUGAAUACCUCGUAGACGGCAUUCCUAAUAAACAAUUGCAGAUACAAGCCAAGCUUCAGAAUUUUAAAAGUGCUGGUGAGGUGACCAGAGCAUUCCGGACUGUCGAGUUGCCGCGACGAGUCGCACCAAAAACAAAUAUACAAAGUGGUCAAGAGCGGCUAAGGUGCUACAACUGCAAUUGCUCCGGCCACGUCGCAAAAGAGUGAAGCAAGCCUAAGCGCGAAUACGGGACGUGCUUUGCAUGCGGCGAACACGGACAUUUUGCGGCGAGUUGCAAAAACUACAAGAAGUCGACGUCCAGUAGCAAUUUUAUUCGGGGAGCCCAAUAAGUCUUGUAAAGAAGAGCCUUGUACCGGGAAGAGUGAAGCUACAAGAUGAAAGAAAUUCAUACUAUGGUCUCAAUAAGUCAAAACUAUUAAUUUUUGGGAAAAUAUUUUGUUACGUCAAAGUGCUCAAUAAAAGUGUGUUGAUUGAACUUAGAGUAGUUCCAGACGAAUUGAUUAGUUAUUCAGUUAUUUUAGGCAGAAAUUUUAUUCAGGCGAGCGAAGCCAAGCUUAAAAUCGGUGAUGUAGAAUUUAUGGAUGAAGCUGCAGAUAUAGAAUUUGUAAACGGUGUAACGAAACUCGAUGUUUGUAACAAAGAAAAGGUGGCCAGUAAAAAUUCAACGUACAAAGGAGCGGUUGUGCCAAAGGUUAGUGACGCAGAUAAAGAAGAAGUGGUUAGUGGUAGUUCUACGUGCAAAAUAGUUAACGAAGCCAUAAACGAAAUAUUAGCAAUAGAAAUUCCUGAAAUGAGCGAAACUGAGUAUAUUUUCAAGAGUUGUUCCGAGAAGGAUAUUUGUGUGCAAAAGUACCAAAAGAGCCUAGGGUCAGAUAGGAAAUAAGUCUAGUUUUGGAAAACAAAAAAGUUAUCAGUUGCGCUCCACGAAGACUUUCGUAUACCGAAAAGGCAGAGCUACAAAAGGUAUUAGAUGACUACUUAGUAAAAGGGUAUAUUCGCCCUAGUAAUUCAGAAUUCGUUUCACCCAUAGUUUUGGUAAAAAAGAAAACGGGCGAACUGCGAAUGUGCGUCGAUUACAGGAAACUUAAUAAAGUCACGGCAAAGGAUAACUACCCUAUACCACUGAUUGAUGACUUGUUGGAUCGGUUAGUAAACAAAAAGUUUUUCUCGAAGUUAGACCUGAAAAAUGGAUUUUUUCAUGUGUUUGUUGAAGAAGAGUCAGUAAAAUACACCUCGUUUACAACGCCACUAGGGAAAUUUGAGUUCUUAAGAAUGCCCUUUGGGCUAAGAAACGCUCCCGCCACUUUUCAAAAGUUUAUAAAUAGGAUAUUCUCGGAAAUUAUACGCAGCGGAGAAGUAAUUGUGUAUCUAGACGAUAUUAUGAUCGCGACAGAAACUGUAGAUGAACAUAUUCCCAUUUUGAGAAAAGUUUUUCGGUGUCUGGUUGAGAAUAAACUAGAGUUGCGAUUAGAUAAGUGCGAGUUUUUCUCGGCAGAAAUUUCAUAUUUAGGUUACGCGAUCACGGGCGAAGGGAUACGGGCUGACAAAAAAGGUUUGAAGGCAGUCGAAAAUUUUACAGUACCAACCAAAGUGCAUGAAGUGCAAAGUUUCUUAGGACUCUGCUCCUACUUUCGCAGGUUCAUUAAAGAUUUUUCGACCAUAGCCAAACCCCUUUACGACCUCUUGAAAAAAGAAGAAAAAUUUCGAUUCGGUCAGCUAGAGAUGGAAACGUUCGAUACACUUAAAGCCAAGUUAAUAGCCUCCCCAGUGUUAGCAAUAUACGACCCUUGUGAUACCACAGAACUCCACUGCGAUGCGAGUUCACUAGGCUUCGGGGCGAUACUGCUUCAGAAGAAAAAGGAUAAUAAGCUACAUCCAGUUUUCUAUUUCUAGAAACGUACAACGGAUGUAGAGUCUAAGUAUCACAGCUUCGAGCUAGAAACACUGGCGAUAGUAUACGCGUUGAGGAGAUUCGGAGUGUACCUACAAGGCAUAAAAUUUAAAAUUGUUACUGACUGCAAUUCUCUGACGCUGACACUAAAUAAAAAAGAAAUGAACCCAAGAAUUGCCAGGUGGGCGCUAGAGUUACAAAAUUAUGAUUACGAACUUCAACAUAGAGAGGGUAAAAGGAUGCAACAUGUGGACGCGUUGAGUAGAGUAAAUAACGUCUUGGUGGUUGACACAAACAAGUUUGAAGAAAAUUUAAUUAUAUGUCAGAAUAGAGAUAAACACAUAGAAAAUAUCAAAAAGGACUUAGAGUUUAAAGAGAGCAGCCAGUUCGAAAUGAGAAAUGGGGUAGUUUAUAAAAAUAAAGAUAAAGAUUUACUCUUCUAUGUACCAGAGUCCAUGGAACAACAUGUUCUAUAUAAAUACCACGACGAAAUGGGGCACUUAGGAGUACACAAGGUCGUAGAGACUAUAGGGAAAAGUUAUUGGUUUCCGAAAGUCAGGAAAAAGGCAACCGUUCAUAUCGAAAACUGCUUGAAGCGUAUAGCCUUUUCAAAUAAAAGCGGUAAAAAAGAAGGAAUGUUACAUAUGAUUCCAAAGGGAAAUAAACCAUUCGAAAUGGUGCACAUUGAUCAUUACGGACCGAUCCAUAGCAAGGGAACAAAGUACAAGCAUGUGUUGGUAGUAAUUGAUGCAUUCACGAAAUUCGUUCGUUUGUAUCCGGCCAAGGCAACAGCGUCGAAUGAAGCUGUUUUAGCCCUAAGAGAUUAUUUGCGAGCGUAUAGCAGACCGAGGUCUAUAGUAUCAGAUCGAGGAACUUGUUUUACGUCGAGAGAGUUCGAAAAUUUCUUAGAAGAUAAUAACGUAGAACACAUAAAAGUAGCAACAAGCUCACCUCAAGCAAAUGGUCAGGCUGAAAUUGUCAAUAAAAGUUUAGGUCCAAUGAUAGCUAAGAUGUUAGAUGCUAAAAAAGAGGUGGGUUGGGAAAGUGUCUUGGAGUCAGUAGAA